GCGCAGCUGUGUAGGAAGUGUUUGCAGUCUAAAAACCAGCUGAUAGAUCAACCGGACAACCACCAUACAAAACAACCGCAACUGCCAACAACAGACUACCAGGCAACCAGGGAGGACGCCCACCCUUCCUCCAUCAUGAGCACCCGUGAGACCGGCAGGGCCAAUGGGAGCCUACCGCAGACCAAGAUCUGCCAGUUCAAACUGGUGCUGCUGGGAGACAUGGCCGUCGGCAAGUCCAGUCUGGUGCUUCGCUUUGUUAAGGGACAGUUUGAUGAGUUUCAGGAGACCACCAUUGGAGCUGCAUUCCUGGCACAGUCUGUUUGUCUGGACGAUACUACAGUGAAGUUUGAGAUUUGGGACACAGCGGGACAGGAGCGCUACCACAGCUUGGCUCCCAUGUACUACCGCGGAGCCCAGGCGGCCAUUGUAGUGUUUGACAUCACCAAGCCUGAAACAUUUGAGCGAGCAAAGGCUUGGGUGAAAGAGCUGCAGAGGCAGGCCAGUCCCAACAUAGUCAUUGCCCUUGCAGGGAACAAGGCUGACCUAGCAGACAAGAGACUGGUCGAGUAUGAGGAAGCUCAAACGUAUGCUGAAGACACAGGCUUGCUUUUCAUGGAAACCUCUGCCAAGACUGCAAUGAAUGUAAAUGAGUUGUUCCUGGCUAUUGCAAAAAAGAUGCCAAAAACAGACACCCAAAACCCCACGCAUGCUGCCCGACAUCGUGGAGUAAACCUGCAGGACCCAGAUACACAGUCCACUCGAAACUGCUGUGGAAACUAAAGGCUCAUCAACACUCCAGCACAGGAAACCACAGACACCUUCUCCUUCCCAAAAUCCCACUCUUCACCCUUUCAUCUCCCAAGACAGACACGGAAAGAGAGCGAGAAAAGAAAGGAAUCAGAGGCGAGGAAAAUUCCUCAUUGAUGCCAUAACGAGAUUUUUCCAGGAAGACUGAGGGUUUGAUGGUUGGGACCGAAAGCGGACUGGCGAUGGACUCAUACAGUCAUAUCUGGCUGUAAAUUUGGAUUCUUCAUUAUUUUUAAGUCAAGAAUAAUUUCAGUCACUGUUCAUUUUGAUUAUGCAAGCACCAGGCUUUCACUAAAUAAAUAAAGAUAAAGGAUGGAGAAAGAGACUUCUAGAACACAAAGAAACAAAAUGAACAGAAUUAUUUAUUUUGAGAUGGCCCACAAUGCCCCUUACAACAACCUGUUAUUCCAAAACAGCCCGGAGAUCUUCAAGUGUUCUGGGGAACUGUAUGCUGAGCUCUCAGAUUCUGACACAAAAUGUAUGACUUGAGGAAAUUCAGCACAUUAUAACCCUAAAUUAAACAUGCAAGCAUUCUUAUAAUGCUUCAACUGUGAGCAAUCGUGAGAGCCACAGCUACUAAAUUUUUAAACUAUGGAAGGAACACUGAAGUAGAAGUUAUUUGUUCAUUCUGAGCUUGUUUUUUUUUAGCCUCCAGCUUUAUUUAUUAAUUGUGUUUUAAUCGGUCUCCCUUUUGUAACUUGUAAUUCCUCCUAGACCCAAAAAGUAUUGGAGAUUUUGAAAUGUUGUCUUCCCUGCCCCAUUGAUUUUCAGUGUUGGAGUUCACAAAACAACAGAAAGCUUUAAGAUGCCUUCUCUACGUUACUGUCGCUUUGAGUAAACUACUGUUUGAGACACAGUCAACAAAUAAUUUAUAACAUACUGGUGCCAACUAGAUGGUACUGAUAGAAAACCAUUUCGCUUCAUGUGUAAGAUGAGUAAUCGCAGAAUAUCACGCAUUGAUUUGGCUGGAUGUGGAGGUCAUGCAAUACCAGGCCAAAGACUUAGUCUAUACAUUCAAAAGCAACAAAAAUAUUCAAGCACCCACAAAUCAAUUGCUUAGAACGUCAAUGAUUGAACAUCUGACACUAUACGGUAUCUUGGAACGGCAAAUAGUGUCAAGUCGCAAAGCCCCUGAAUAAGUGGCGGAAAAAAAACAAGUGCCUACUCCGUUUUUUCCAUGUUUUUUGUUUUGGGCUUGUCCGGGGUGUGUCCACGCCUAAAAAGUAGCAUUUUGGAGAUGUUGGGUUGAAGUGUAAUGGUAGCCAGCUGCGCAGUGUGUAAACCUCACUUCAAGAGGCACACUAGUGACUGAUGCUUGAGGCUGUAACCUUUAGCCUCCUUGUAAACACACCUGCCUCCCAUGCCGGUUAGAAAUCCGCUCAGAGCGAGACGAGCAGGACCGGUUACAGUGGUGCCGUGAACCCGAAUGGGAGUGAGGUUUAGGGGUGUGAGUGUAAGCUGGUAAGCUAGCUGGUAGGUAGCUGUGCAGUGUGUAAACCUCAUUCCACUGGCUAUAAGGGGCACACAAGCAACUGAUGCUAGACGCUGUCGUGUUUAGCCUCCUUUGUAGCACGCAUGCCUCCAUUGCCGGAGACGCUGGUUUGAAUCAUGCUCUGAGCGGCUCGUGCAGGACUGGUUACACAGUCAAUAACCUGUAAGAAUAAUUAGAGAGGAGUCAUAUAUGAUUUUCUGUUUUAUGUAUGCUUUGUUAAUGUGUAUAUAUAUAUAUAUAUAUAUAUAUGAAUUUUAUUUCAAAUUGAUUUUAGUCAAUCAUUUAAUGGGUUACCAAUACAUUUAUAUGGUCAUGUAGGGAAUGAAUUAGGUAUCAUGAUAAGGUGUCACACAGCUACAAGUGAUUUGUUAUGUUUCUUCAGGUCCACCUUUUUUUUGUGGAAAAGAUCUGAUCUCCUGUUAACAGAAUUGAAAUAUUAAAUAAAGCUGUGAUGUUCUGCUA